AUGGUGAAAUGUCACAUGGGAGGCUUCCCAAAUCCGAAAGAUUGCUCAAAGUGUGUUUGCCCAGACGGAUAUGGAGGCAGAUAUUGUGAUGAAAGGCCAAGCGGGUGCGGAAAAAUACUGAAAGCUACCACAGAUUACGGGCACUUGGAAGACACAGUUGGGUAUCCAGGUGUAACCAACUCUAGUGACGCACCGGACGACUUUUUGAAGUGCAAUUACUGGAUACAGGCUCCACAGGGAAGAAGGAUUGAAGUGGCAUUAGUCAAGUAUAAUGAUAGCGUAGCUACUGAUGGUUGCUACCUGGCUGGUAUUGAAAUCAAAACACAAAAAGAUCAGCGUGCGACGGGCUACAGAAUUUGCUCCCCCGCCUAUAGGGGAUGGGUGUUCAGAUCUGAAAGCAACAUUGUUCCUAUCAUCACUUACAGCCGAGUCUGGCCAACUGAAGCAGUGUUGCGAUAUCGAAUGGGUACGUAA